AUGAUAGACCCUCCACCAAGGGCACCGACGCCGCCCCCAGCUUGGCGUUCGGGGCUGGAACCAAAGAUCAUAGAGCGAAAGCCGAGGGAAGAACUUCUCAAGAACAAGAAAAGGAAAGAGCCUAAGAAAAUCAUCCUCCAUUACCCUGAUCAUUCAAGUGAUGAUGAUGACGAUUCCUCUGACUCACCAGAGCCGACAAGAGAGCACGAGCGCCCGCGAAGACGUCACUCGCUAUCACCAGCUACUCGCAGUUCGGUGGAAAAGAAGUUGCGAGAGGAGAAAGAGAGGCGUGAAAGAGCAGAGAAUGCGGCAGACGCAGAACGUGAAGCACGACUGCGAGCUGAGCAGGAUCAUGAAGGAGAAAUGCGUCGCGAGCGCCGACGGCGCAUCGGCAAUAAUACUCGCCAGCCUCUUGAAUCUGCCGAGGGCUUGAGAAGGCGUCAGAGUCGCGAACAGAUCGAGAGAUCGGAGAGAGCAAGACGGCGACAAAGAGAGGAGGAUAUCGAUCAUAUCCGGCGUAACGAACGUCGCAGAAGUGCCGAAAUGCAGAGUCUCCGGAAUGACCAGCACCAUCUUGAUAGGCUGAUACCGACGCAGCCAAGACAGCACCCUGUUGCGGUACACCAUGGGCCCGGUGACAUUCAAGAGAGGGGCAAUGGCUUCCUCAGCAACGCGGUGCAUCAAGCUGCACAGAGGCGCGAAGACGAGGCGCAUUCUGGAAGAGGGCAGGAAGGCGGAGUGAGGAGGCGCGAAUCCUUCCACGAGGAUAGGCCUCGAAGGUCAUAUGAGCGGAGGCGACCUAGAGGGAGGCACGGGGGUUCCGGGUGA